GGAUUAGUAAGAACAAGAAAUGUUCCAACAACUGAAGCAGUAGCAAUGUUUUUACAUAUCCUUGCUCACAACCUAAAAUAUAGGGUAGUGCAAUUUAGUUAUUGUAGAUCUAAAGAAACCAUAAGUAGGCAAUUCAAUGAUGUCUUGAGAGCGGUAAUGAAAGUGAGCAAAGACUAUUUGAAUUUUCAACCCUGUACUUUAGAAGGUGCGGAAGCAAACAAGUGGAGAUGGUUUGAGAGAUGUAUUGGAGCACUUGAUGGGACUCAUAUUCCGGUUACAGUUUCUCCUGAUGAGAAACCUAGAUAUCGUAAUAGAAAGGGUGAUGUCUCUACAAAUGUGUUAGCUGCUUGUGGUCCAGAUUUAAGGUUUAUUUAUGUGUUACCUGGGUGGGAAGGGUCUGCAGGAGAUUCUCGAGUAUUACGAGAUGCAUUACGUCGUCAAAACAAACUUGAAAUUCCAACUGGUAAGUAUUUUCUUGUGGAUGCGGGAUAUACCAAUGGUCCGGGAUUUUUAGCACCAUAUCGAGGGACUAGAUAUCAUCUCAAUGAGUGGAUUGGAAACACCCCUCAAAGUUACAAGGAGUUAUUUAAUCUUCGUCAUGCAAUUGCCCGAAAUGCAAUAGAAAGGUCAUUUGGGAUCUUGAAAAAAAAAUGGAGUAUAUUAAGAACUCCUUCAUUUUUUUAUAUAAAGACACAAAUAAGAGUUAUCAAUGCUUGUUUUGUGUUACACAAUUUCAUAAGAGACGAACAACAAACUGAUCAACUUUUAGAAGUUCAAGACUUAGAAUUUUUAUCUGUUGUUGAUGAAGAGUUAGUCCAUCAAUCAAGGGAAGAAGUUCAAAAUAAUGUCAUAGAUGAUAUCGCAACUAUUCAAGCUACCGAGGAAUGGACAAGAUUUCGAGAUACAUUAGCUAUGAAUAUGUUUGCUAACUAUCAGGUUGAAUAA